AGAACAUACUGUGGAACAUAGAAUAAUAGAGUUGGAGGGACCUUGAAGGUCUUCUAGAUGUCUUCUUGGAUGACAGUAUUUAAGACAACUCAGCUUGCUUUUUUAGUGUCAUGGAUGCACUGGAAAAGUCUUUCCUGUAUUUGAAGACUUUUUUCAGCUGCAAAAUGUGGUGUCUGAUUUGGUCCUGCAUCUUCCUACUAACGAGAAUUGCUGAUCUUACUGUUGAGGGAAAAAGCACUCCAUUUCCAAAGUUCACUAAAAUAAAAGCUAUUGAGAUGGAAACCACCAAGAACCCAGAUGCUUCUGAUGCGGCCCCUAUGGAAGACAGCCUCCUCACCCAAAUACCUGAAAAGAAUGACAUCACAACAGAAUUGUCUACGCCACACUAUACCUUCAGAACAUCCACCACACUCUUCCCAUUUGAUAACUUCACUUUGGACUCUUCAGACUUCUUUUUUAACUGCUGUGAUUGUUGUACUUUAUCUCCAGGGGAGAAAGGGGAACCUGGAGAAAGAGGAUUGCCAGGACUUAAAGGAGAAGUAGGAGAAAAAGGCCGUCCCGGACUACCAGGAACUCCUGGAUUACAAGGAUCAAAAGGAUUCAAAGGAAACAAAGGAGAUAAAGGAGAACAUGGUGAUCAAGGAGCAAAUGGACUCCCAGGAUACCCAGGCAAACCCGGAGACCCAGGGGAAGUUGGAUUUAAAGGAGAUAAAGGAAACCAUGGUCUUCCUGGGGUCAAAGGACAAAAGGGCUCUAAGGGGGAAAAUUGUGAGAAUGGCACCAAAGGAGAGAAAGGAGACAUGGGGGAACUGGGGUUACCAGGUGUUGAUGGGGAAAAUGGGGAAAAAGGAGAAAAGGGGGACCUUGGCGAAAAGGGCUAUUUGGGGGAUCCAGGGGAAAAAGGAGAAAGAGGAGAUAAGGGUGACAUUGGACCAAAAGGAGAAAAGGGCGUUAAAGGAGACAUCGGAGUAGGAGGUGGACAUGGGGAGGAUGGGCAAAAGGGAGAAAAAGGACAACCUGGAAUUAGGGGUGACAAAGGUGACCAAGGUCCAAUUGGUUUGAUGGGACCUCCAGGGGUGAAAGGAAGUCUUGGUUUCAAAGGAAUCAGAGGAACUCCUGGUAAAAAAGGUGCAAGAGGCCCAAAAGGUCCAAAAGGGGAAACUCCAACCCUCCCCAGAUCAGCAUUUAGCGUUGGUCUAUCCAAACCUUUCCCACCCCCAAACAUGCCCAUUAAGUUUGAUAAGGUACUGUACAACGACCAGGAACAUUAUAAUCCAUUGACAGGGAAAUUUAAUUGCAGCAUUGCUGGGGCUUAUAUCUUCUCCUAUCACAUGACAAUACGAGGGCGUCCUGCCCGCAUCAGUAUUGUUUGUCAGAACAAGAAGAUGAUCAGAAGUCGGGAGACGCUCUAUGGCCAAGAGAUAGACCAGGCUUCCUUCCUUACCAUUCUGAAGCUAAAUGUAGGGGACCAAGUAUGGCUAGAAGUCACAAGGGAUUGGAAUGGGGUUUAUGUCAGUGCUGAAGAUGACAGCAUAUUUUCAGGCUUCCUCUUGUAUCCUGAUGAAAUAUUUGAGACUCUGCUAUAAGAAAAGCAUGUAGGUAUGAACCCAAUGCCAAGAAAGAUCUCCCUUCUGCCUUAUUUAUCAUAAAGAAACAUAUUUCACUAUCCAACUCAUGGUCUUAACUAAGCUAAUUAGUUAAGACAUUAACUAACGGAAGUAAAUUAAAACAAGGAGCAUUUAAUCCGUGAUAAUCUGAACUUCUUUGUGGGAAACUGUUACAGAAUUGCACUUGGGCAAUGGACAGGAAAAUAUCUCCAGAAAGAUUUCAUAUUUUAUUUCUAUGGUCAUUAGCUGAUUA